GACUUCACGCCAGAGGCUGACAAACCAAGGCGUGAGGCGCACGGUCAUGUUGCGGCGCAGGGUUUUCCACGCGGCUCUUCAACAGCUUUUCACAGGGACCCAGGAAACCGAGCGAGCCCUGCCAUGUGGGCUCCUCUGCGCGCUGAGGGGGGGACGCAGUCUCGACUUGCACAGGCACAAAUCAAGCCUCUUGGAUGUGAGGGAGCGGACUCUCAUCGCCGUAAAGCCAGACGGAGUGCAGCGUCGCCUCAUUGGACAGAUCAUCCAGCGGUUCGAGCAGCGAGGUUUCAAACUGGUCGGGCUAAAGAUGCUGCAGGCGACUCAGGAUGUCCUGUCCGAGCAUUACUGUCACCUGAGGACCAAGCCGUUCUAUGGCAAUCUGCUGCACUACAUGACCUCUGGACCCCUGGUUGUGAUGGUAUGGGAAGGGCAUAACGUCGUUCAGACAUCGCGGACCAUGGUGGGAAACACUAACCCGGCUGAGGCCCUGGCAGGAACCGUCAGAGGAGAUUUCAGCAUUCAUGUCAGCAGGAACGUGGUCCAUGCCAGUGACUCGGUGGAGGGGGCUCAGAAGGAGAUCCAGCUGUGGUUUCAGACGAAAGACCUUUUGGACUGGGACUUGUGGGACCAGACCAGCACCGACGAUGUCUGAAGAUGGCAUCAAUCGAAGGGAGUGAGAGAAAGAUUUACUGCCUCUUUCCCUGCUGCUCAGUGGUCCGUCACUUCAGCGCGACCAAAGGCGAUUGUAAAACAUGAGCCGUAUUCAGUGAUCUCAGUGAUUUACCUCAGAAAUGCACUCAAAUAAAAAUGUUGAUGUUCUGUCA